AUCACCUCAUUUAGUGAAACUGUGGUCUUAGUUUAUCGUAGAGAAACUCUAAAAGAAUUCAAUAUGCUCAUACGUUGUGGUCUCUUGUUAUUGUGUUUGAACUGUGUGAGGACGACUGAGUAUAUUAGUGAUGGGGCAACAAGAGCUCGUGUUGCAGAGUUCAAUAGAAGGUUUUCACUGUGGCCUUCUGUACACAAUGCUGCAAGGUUAAUGAGAGUGAGGAGAGAGGCUGAGGCUGGUUCUGUUGUGCAGAGUGAGGGUGGGCCAGACGUCGUUGCGACUGCCGAGAAGACAGCGCCAUCGGGGGAUGUUAAACCUCCUGUAGCAGUUGAAGUUAAAAAUGGAACGAAAGAAAAAGUGGCAUCCGACCCACCUCCACCGCCGCCAGCCAGUGGCAAUGCAACAGUCGUGAAUCCAGCUCCUGCUCCAGCAGUCAACGAGACUAAACUAAAUGCAACGACUACGGACAAACCAAUUAAGAUAGACCUCAACAAUCCCGGAGUACUCAAGAGAGGGUUCAUCGUGUUUGGAGGAUUUGCGCUGCUGGCAGUCGCAUAUUUUAUAUUCUACAGGAAAAAGAGCAAGAAUAACGAUGCAGGAAACGCGCACAAUACAAAUGACGCAAAUCAAUUCCGAUAUGGAGUUCUCCAGUCAGAAGAUAGGCGGGAUAACUUAGAACUGUCCAGGGUUCCCCUUACCAUGGAAUCUGAUGAAGACGAGGACGAGGAUCUGGAGAUCUUCGACCUUGAACAGAAGAAGAAAUCACUGUCUUACGUCAACCUUCAAACUAAUGAUGAAGAUAUCGUCUUCUCACCAAAGGAUAGCACAGAUAAUGAUAGGGAAAACUUACUAUUAGAUAUCGAAGAUGGCGCCACCUCCGAUACACUAAUUAAUUGGAGUACCAGCGGCAGUAAGUCAAUAUUAUAAUUCCUGUCUUAAAAAUUAUAGUAUAAAAUAUAUGCGUUGUGCAUUUAUCCGCCAUAAUCUGAAUUGAAGAUAGUUUCACAAUAAAACGAUUGUUAGGUCAUCAAAUAAAUGAAAAUCAUAGUUUUUUACGUAGUUUUAGUAUUAUUUUAGUUGAUAUUUCGCUUCGUUAUUAUGUAAGAGAUAUCGUUGUUUGAUAACCUAACGAUCGUGUUUUGAAUUCAUUAAUUUAAUAGGUUUUUACUUAAUAGCUCUUAAAUAUGUUCGGUGUUAAAUGUACUUAUCUGUGUCGGAUUUUCAUAGUCUGGGCUUAGUACAAGUUUGUUUCACGUUAAAAGUAAUCGAAACGAGUCUGCCUUCUGCGCUCCGAUUGGUUAGUUCAU